AUGAUUGUGUUAGAUAAAUUGCGAGUGAAAUUUUCUAAGCGGGAGAGGAAAGGUAAUUACUGGACCCUGGAUCCAAACUGUGAGAAGAUGUUUGACAACGGGAACUUCCGCCGGAAGCGGAAGCGCCGCUCAGAGGCCAGCAGCAGCUCCACGGUGGCUGCAGGGACAUCAAAAGCAGAGGAGGGUGUCUCCUCAGGGUUGGGGUCCGGAGUGGGCGGGAAGCCGGAAGGCGACAGCCCCUCCGUUCUGCUAAGGCCCCCCCAGUCCCCAGAGCCCCCCGAGGGCGCCAAGAGGACUGUCUCCUCCCCGGGAGGCCCCGUGCUCACCUCCACCCCGUGCCUCAACACCUUCUUCAGCAGCCUCAGCACCUUAAGCGUCAGCAGCAGUGGGAGCACCCAGCGAGCUGUCACUGGAGGCCACCACCUAGGGAUCCAGGGGGCCCACCUGCCCUCCAGCAGCACGUUUCCCGCCAGCUCAGUCUCGGAAGCCUCAGCAGACACCUUGCAGCUCAGCACCAGCACCGGCAGCAGCCAGAGAUCCUCCUAUUACAGCCCUUUCCCUGCCAGCACCGGCGCGGGGCAGAGCAGCCCCUUCAGCCCCCCUUUCUACAACUUCAGCAUGGUCAACAGCCUCAUCUACCCCCGGGAGGGCUCUGAGGUAUAG